GAUAGCUCUAUACAACAGACAUCUGAUGAUUUGACAUCAAUGACUGAAGCUGAUGUAGAAUCCUGUAGAAGAAUGAUUUCCACUGAAGAGGAUCCUUUGAUAGAGCCUUUUGUAGAUGAAGAUCAAUACUUUCUACAGGAGCCUUCAGAUACAAAUUCUUUGUUUAAAGAGUUGAAUGAGGCUAUUGCAGCACAGAACAAAAUGUCUGGAUCCCGUUAUCAAGAAAUGUAUGAUUUUGGUUUUCAACAAGAGCCCUUGGAUCAUAUUAAAUAUCAUGGAAAUUCUCAACAAAAUAUAAUGCCUCUGUCUCCAAUAAAAGAAUGCUCAACAAACAAAACCAUACAAAAUAGAAUUUCUGAAGUGGCUAUUUCAGAAGCAGGAGGUCAGUUUAGAGAAGUACCAGUUCGUGUACAAGUCAGAGAUCUGGAGAUGAAGCGAGCGAAUUUUUCUAAAAUCAGAACGGAAGUCAAAACUACAGAGCCUACACUGAGAGAAAGCUUUGUUUCCAUGAUUCAACCUUUUGUUUAUUCAGACUCGGCAAUACAGGUCAGUGACUACAAGAAAAGCCCAAUUGAAAGUGGGAUUCUACUUUUAGAAGGGGAAACCCAACCUGAACAUAAAAAGAACGUUUUAAAACACAAGGAUACCAUUCAGGUUCCACAGUUAUCCACUGAAGAAGGUGUGGCAAACCAGUCUGCAAAAAUGAAAAUUCUAGAUAGAAAGGUAUCUCAGACUCAACAUCCUCUACUGAAAAAUGUGCCAUCAGAGUAUUUUCUGCCCAAGGUGGCUCUACCCAAGUUACCAGCAGGGCAUAAUCCAAGCAGUCAGUUACAGAAUAUGUUUGGACCAGGAACGCACACAGAACUUGCUGAAAGGCUAAAGAUGUACUCAUCAGAAGGCAGAAGAGAAAGAUGGAUUGGUCCAUCUGAGUGUAAGAAGAAUCAAGAGGUCAGUGCAGAAUUUAAUGAAGAAACCAGUGUUAGAACAGAAGUUUGUGAUUGCCAAAUGAAUAAAGAAACUUCUAAAGACACGGCCAUUCUGUAUUCUCAUCCAGAUCACUUUUAUAAUGUGCUAUUUGUAGGAGAUUCUAAUGUUGGCAAAACUUCCUUUUUAAACAAGUUGCAAAAUGAUUCUUUUGAAGCAAAAGUGACUGCAACUAUAGGAAUGGACUAUCGGAUCAAAAACCUGCUUUUGGAUAGCAAAUGCUUUGCUUUACGUCUGUGGGACACAGCCGGACAAGAAAGAUAUCACAGUAUCACCAAGCAGUUUUUCCGAAAGGCUGAUGGAGUUGUUUUGAUGUAUGACAUCACCUCAGAAUACAGUUUUACAGAUGUGCGGUACUGGCUGAACUGUGUCCAGGAAGGAGCUGGAGCUGAAGUCGUCGUCCUUCUGCUUGGUAACAAAACGGACUGUAGUGCGGAAAGGAGAGUAUCUGUAGAGAAUGGAACAUACUUGGCCAAGGUGUAUGGACUUCCAUUUUAUGAAUGCAGUGCUGCUUCAGGUUACAAUGUCAGAGAAUCCAUAGUACAGUUAGUCAGUAGGUUGAUGAAAACUCAGGAAGACCAAUUAAAAAAGAAGGCUCUAGACUUGUCAGUGCAACUUAAAAAUAAGAGAAGUUGUUGUUUAUAAAGUGGAGAAGACUAAUGGCUGUUGAUCCUUGUGUCCACUGCGUGAUUGUGUAUACUGUUUGUCCUCUUGAACCUGGACUGAAUCCAACUUGUAUAAUUUAAGAAGUUGUGCCACUCAGAUGAAAAUUGAGGAUGGUCAUCACUUUACAGAUUUCAGACUUUGAGUUACUCUGGAUCCCUGACCUGUUCUUUCCACUACAGAUUCUCAAACUGUUCUCCAUUGGAAAGUUGCCAAACAAUUAUGAAAUCAACUCUAUUUCCCCUACAUUCAGCCAUCUAAUUCAAUAGACCUGGUUUAGGGGUCUGUGAUUUCUAUAAUAAUACUACAAGUCACUUACAUUGUUCAUUAAAAUAUAUCUGUUAAAGAGACAAUUGUAUGUGCUCUGCUGUAGGGGAUGACACGUUCAUUAAAGAGACUGUAUUGAAAACAGUGCCAGUGCUGGGGGAAAAAUGUUUAUUUCAUAUGUUUUGGAUUGUGGAACAAGAACAACAACAAAUACUGGUUUUUGAAAAAAUAAUGGAAGAAGUAUUGCACAUUGAGAUUAGAUGAGGGAACCACCUAUAAUUCUUCACAUAGCCACAAUAUUUCACAUUUUUUGCUGUGUUGUCUCCCACCCCAUCCCCGUUUAUAUAUCUGUCUGUUUCUCUUCACCUAGAGAAAAUCCCAAAGUACCUCCUGAAAUUACUGUAUGCUAUCUAAUAGAAAGGUUGGCCUCAUAUGCAUCUUACAGAACUAGUAGUCACAAGGAGUUCUGGAAAUGUUGAGCACCUGAAUCUCAUGCAGCAGUUUAGCUUUCAAUGGUUGUGGCAAAGAUGAUCCAGAUCACUUUUUCCCUUCCAACUCCAGUUCUCCAGGCUUCUAGGGCAAUAUUUAUCCCUUGCUCAGUUCAGCAUAUGGCAGUGUAUUUUCAAGCUUAGCAGCUUUAAGAUGAGAGGACUUCAACUCCCAGAAUUUUCAGCCAGCAUGCUGGGAACUGAAGUCGACCCAUCUUAAAGUUGCCAAGUUUGAGAAAUACCAGCAUGGGUUGUCUUUAAUUAAGCUACCCCCCUCUUUCUCUUUCUAAUACAGAGUUUCCUCUGCUUAUUAAUACAAUUUGGUGGGUCUUUUUUGUGAUUCCCAACUGAUGGUAAAUAAGAUUUUAAUCUGUGGAAAGUUAUCUAUAUUGCUUAUUAUUCUGUUUUGCAUAUCAUAUCAUAGUGUGUAUUUUUCUGUUAUGACGUCCUUGUCCUGACAAAUAUUGGCAUAAGAAUGAUAAAGCAAAUAGGUAUUGAAUUGCCAUUAAUGUAUAAUAUUUCUUUUAUACUGUACCAAUUUCAUUUUUAAGUAUAUGAUAUCCAUGUACAGCUGCAGUUCAUAGAACUUUAAAUAAAGUACUCUAUUCCCAA